AUGGUCUCAAUCACAGCAUUCCUUUUGUUCUGCACGCUUUUUCAGUUGCUCAUUGCAGCAGACCCUCGUCAUUGUGUCUUCCCGUUUAAUUACCGUGGGAAAUCCUAUUAUACUUGCACUGAAGUUGAUAGCCAGAACCAUCCAUGGUGUGCCACAACUGCAAACUAUGAUAAAUCUGCUCAAUGGAAAUAUUGUGCCAAAACAGAGAAUCCUCCCUGUGUGUUCCCAUUUAUUUACCGUGGGAAAUCCUAUUAUACUUGCACCGAAGUUGAUAGCCAUAACCAUCCAUGGUGUGCCACAAUUGGAAACUAUGAUAAAUCUCCUCAAUGGAAAUAUUGUGCCAAAACAGACACUCCUCCCUGCGCGUUCCCAUUUAUUUACCGUGGGAAAUCCUAUUAUAAUUGCACUGAAGUUGAUAGCAAGAACCAUCCAUGGUGUGCCACAAGUGCAAACUAUGAUACAUCUCCUCAAUGGAAAUAUUGUGCCAAAACAGAGAAUCCUCCCUGUGUGUUCCCAUUUAUUUACCAUGGGAAAUCCUAUUAUACUUGCACUGAAGUUGAUAGCCAGAACCAUCCAUGGUGUGCCACAAUUGCAAACUAUGAUAAAUCUCCUCAAUGGAAAUAUUGUGUCAAAACAGAUUACCAAAAUCAAGGACAUUUGGGAUGA